GGGGGACAAAAAUUUCGCAUGCAAUACACUGAAGUCUUGUUUCACGGGUAAAGAAACUACCUUUACCAGCGGUCUUUUCCCUGCGACUAUCUGAUGCUCCCCUGCUGGUUAUUACACAGAUCAUCUUGGAGUCACACAGACUCACGAUUUGCCACUGCUUAGGUGACCGGCCGAUAAACGAGUAAGUCUUCAUAUUCAUUGGCGUGUUUUGGUAGUAUCUUUGAACUGGCUCAGUCUGUGUUGCUUUAGCAACACUGUAUACGUGGACUCGUUGAACCCAAUGGUGUUAGUCUCCCGUAGUCCUCCAUACGCCCGUCAGCCAAGAAGGAACACCAACGAUGACGACGCCGAUGACGAUGAUGACCUCGACUAAAUACCCCAGGUCCUGCACCCCAUACUGCGUAUGCCAUGUUUUGAUUCUUUGUUCCAUGUGUGGGUUUGCUUCAAACGGUAUCGAUAAGAAGUGUUUUCUGGUGGUGGUGGUCGAUGCAACGUUGAUGAGCUGCGUGUGGGGACGACAGCUCGUUCUGUUCUAUAACGUUCGAAAAGUGAGAAGAGCUGGUCACACGUACGCCAAUGGUUGACACCCAGUGAAAAUAGGAC